UUGUCUCCUUCCUUACAAACUCCAAGUUUUAUCGCCCUUUCAGAGUGAGCUCAUUAUUAAAAGUGAGAAUUGUUUUUGCAUUUGACCUUGCUCCAUCUUUUAAAAAAUACAAAAAACUGUCACUGUCAGAAAAACUGUCAGCUGACUGAUGGAAGAUGAUGGAUUUGCCAGCAAAUUGAAACAAAUCAAGAAAUCCGAAAAGUUCUAAAUUAGAUAAACUAAUAAUUUUUAAGGAUAUGUACAUACUCAUUUUAAAGUGAUAAGUGUUUUAUUGAGAGCUUAGCAUAUUUUGUUUUCCGCAAUGGCAGCAAAGCAAAAGAAUAUAUUUACGAGAAGUAAACCAUUGAUGAACAUCUACAGCACAGUAGAUCACGAAGGCAAAGAGGUUGAAGUUCGUGAAGACGCUGAACAGUUAGUGAAAUGGCAUGAAAUAUCCGACGCGCUCGUGGCGGCCGGCUACUACCGCGCUCAGCUGCAGGGCCUCUCGGCGUUCGAUAAAAUAGUGGGCGGUUUGAGCUGGUGCAUAGAGUUGUGCGACAUUGAUGUAGACAUCAGCCUGCUGUUUGAAGAAAAUCUUACCAUUGGCAAAAAGAUUGCAUUGACAGAGAAAAUAGUUAAAAUUCUGCCUAGUAUGAAAUGUCCGUACAUAAUUGAACCACAUCAGAUACAGGGCCUAGAUUUUAUUAAUAUUUUCCCACUGAUUCAGUGGCUUAUUAAGUACUCAAGUGAAUUUAGAGAAGCAAAGGAGGAUGAACUGAGAAAGUUUGCUGUUAUGCAAUAUGAAAAGAGCCACAUAUUUGAAUCUGACAGAGCCUUAUUUCUACAAAAAGAGAAAAUGUUAAGAAAUCUGGCAAAUAUUCAGAAUAUGUACAAACCAUGUAGAGUCCGUAAACGAAAAGGAGGCAUGCCAGUCAAUGAGCUGGAGCAAGUCAACGCUACAUUAUCGGAGUACGACCAGCGGAUGUUGAUGCAUGUUACCACCAAUAAAGAGGACACGAAAAAAGAUGAAGGACUUGAUUUCUUGUAUGAUUAUGAAAAGACACUGGCUGAUCCAUCUGCCAUUACAACAGAGACUGACCGAUUUGACAAAGAUCUUGAUAACAAUCAAGAUACAGCAGACACUAAAAAACAUUAUGCAGUGCUUCAAUCGGAACUAACUGGCGAGGUUUCAAAAGAGCUGGAGAGGAGUGAAAAGGUCAAGUAUUCUGAAGAUGCUGAUAGACUCACCAAAGCUAUCAAUGCAAUGGAAAAGGAGAUAGAUGUGUAUAAAAGAGACCAUGAGAACAGAAUGGAUGCUGCAAGGAAGCAAUAUUCAGACAUGGUUAGCAAAUUGAAAAAGAUUACUUGCAAAUUGAUGAAUGCAGAUGAUUCCAGUGACAAGAAUGUGAAAGAGUUUUACAAAUCAUUGAAAGAACUUGCACAUGAAAGGAUUGAACUUUUACAAAUAAUUCAGCACAGAGAAAAAGAACACAAACGACUUCAAGAAGAAUUGAGAGCUGCUCAAGAUCCUGCGAAUAUUCCAGAAGACCAGCCUCUAACACCAGAAGAGCUGAAAGAGUUCAAACAAAGAGAAGACAAGUUGAAAUCCUUCAUGGCCAGUAUGAGACUAGAGUUGGCCAAGUUGAACCGUGAAGUGCUCAGGUACAACACUGCUGUGGAUGAGGUACCAGGCACUGCUGAACUCUUGCAGUAUGAGAAAAGAUUCAUGGAACUGUAUAACCAAGUUGCUUCAAAACACAGAGAAACAAAGCAGUAUUACAUAUUUUACAAUACACUCUAUGAAGUCAAGUUGUAUACUUCAAAAGAAUUAAGUUUGCUGAAUUCCAUUCUGGAUAACUAUGAUGAAGCAAUGUCUUCAGCUAGAAAAAGGGAAGAAUUUAUGACCCAAUUCGAAUCCAUUGUUGACUGGGUCAACCAAACGGUCAAAAAGGUCGAAGAGAAGUACAGAAUCGAAAAGGAACGCAAAACAAACCUUCACAGCGAAUAUUCGCGAUUGCUUGAAAUACAGCGACAGUAUGCAGCCGCGCUGAAAAAGCUCGCUGAAGAGAGGCAGAAAAUAAACAGGGAGAGACACAGUUGACCUGUGUCAAUAAUCAUAGUGCAAUAACGUAAUUGUAUGUUUUUAUUAUCCACACACAAUACAUAUAAUAUCUAGUCCCGGAAGACAGUAGACGAUUUUAUACUUUUAUAUUUAUUGCACCAACUAUGAGGUAAACAAUAAUUUUAUCUAUUGCUAAGACUGAUAUAGCUUUUUAUAUUGUUUCAAAUUUUCAUUUUAUGUGUAAGCAUAGUAAUAUAAUUCGUUUAUAAUAAUUAUAA